CAAUAUGGCGGCUAGGUUGUUAAAGGUUAUGCAUCCUGAGCUAGCAAGGAAAAACGUUUCUUUUUCAAAUAUUUGGCGGUUAUUUGGUACUAAAUCCGAAUCUGUCGUUUAUUCUGAACACGGAGAUCCAGAGAAAGUUUUGAGGUGAGAGGAUGAUUGUGAAGAAAUAAAAAUUCGAUUUUUUAUGGCUUGUUAAAAAUUUUUCUUUAAUUUUAAUAUGUGUACGAUGCUUCCCGCUUUUUGAUUUAAUUGUGGAUGUAAGUUUUGAACAUUGGAGAAUAUUAUGAACUUAAAUAUUCCUCAAUUUUAUCAGGGGUAUGUUCAUGCAGGUGUCAUGCUAAGACAAUGAUAUGGCUUUCGGUUGUAGACAGUACAUUUAUUAUCAACUCAGUCAAUUUCUGCAUAUCAAUUUUUAUCAAUUAAGAAAGGAAAUAUUAAUCUUUAUUUUUAAAUUAAAUCAAACAGAUUAGAGAAUGCAGAAACAGGCGAAUUUGGUCGCAAUUCUGUGUCAGUAAGGAUGUUAGCUGCUCCAAUAAAUCCAGCUGAUAUCAAUCAGAUUCAAGGUUUUUCAUGUUCAUUUAUGAUGGUUUAUUGCUCUAAACACCAGAAUAACCUGCUACAUAUUAUCAUUUUGUUUGAUAUAAAUAUAGUCCAUUUUUAUUACCUUAGUAUUAAUAGCUAGGACUGUCAUAAGUGAAUGAAAUGGCAAGGUAUUCUGUGGUUACUCUGGUUACUGUGGUACUCCAGGUUCAAUUAACAACUGUUACAAAUCAAAUUCACAACACACAUUAACCUCAAAUAGCCUAAGGAAGAUUGUGGUUAAACAGAGCUCUUAAGUCUCAUGCAUUGAGUAUGAGACUCGUGCAAACAAUUCAACGUUCUCAAGCUUUGAAGUUUCUGUUUGAAACUGUUCUUUUUGAGACUUCAAACUCAUCCUGCAGUGAACUACCUUAAAAAUACCUAUCUUUCUAGAUAUAAUUUACUUCAUGUUCCCUUUUUACUCAUUUCAAACAGUUUCCAGCUAAGGAAAUUCUCAUGCAGAGCCAUUGUUACACUGGUCAGUAUAGGUUAAUUUCGUCUACAGGUACUUAUCCACUGAAGCCAUCCUUACCAGCUGUUGGUGGAAAUGAAGGAGUGGGAGAAGUCAUAGAGACUGGGAAGGAUGUACAGAACCUCAAUACAGGAGAUCAAGUCAUCUUGAGAUCAGAUCAGUGUUUAGGUAAAGUGGUGAAAAUGUGUCUUAAAAAUGGUAUUUUGAGAGCACCAAAAUGAUUCAGGGCAUCAAUGCUAGAGACAGCAGGCUUGUUAUACAAAAAUUCAAGUGAUGAAGUGAGCCUUGUCAGAGGAAUAGAAAGCUGCUGUGGCUUUAUUUGGUUCAUGGACUGCACUUUAUAAAGAUAUUAAAAAGUACAAGUAUAAAAAUACUUGUGGGAUGUGGCAUGGUUUUGCCUUUUGUACUUUGGAUGUUUAAUAAUAUUAUCAUAAUGGUGAUUAUGCUGUCUAAAUUUAGGAGUAUCUAUAAAGCUCUUGCUCAAUAUUUUAACUUAUUAAAUACCAUUUAUUUUUCUUCAUCUGACUCUAAGGCAUUAAAGUGUCUGCAAGAUAAAAUAUUUAUGCAUAUUUUCUUUUCUGAAAAAAAAAAAAGGUUCUUGGUGCAGACACUUAGUGGUGUCAGAGGAUCAAGUUUUAAAAAUUCCAAAUGGGCUCCCUGUGGAAGCUGCCGCCACAGUCAGUGUAAACCCAUGCACUGCAUUCAGGUUAUUGAAGGACUUUGAAGAUUUACAACCUGGUAAUAUUAAAUGAUGUAUCACAGUGACUGCAUUUUAAGUCAACCUCAAGACCAUAUUAUAGCACCUAAUAAAAAAAAAAUGGUGAUGAUAUUUCAACACCCUUGAGGAACACAAGAAAUCAUAAAGGUCAAAUGAAAAGUUGUUCAUGAAUGAAAUGUUUUGAGGUUUUUUUUUUUGUGGAUGCUGAUUAUUGAAGUUAUUCACUGUAUGUCUCAAAAACAUCUUUUGUGUCAUAACGCUUGAAGCAAUUGAUGAAGUAAGUUCAUUCUCUUUUGUUCAUUGGUUUCAGUGGUUAAGAGCUCUGAUGUUAUUUUUAGGGUGCCAGUAGUUGUUGGUAUAAGUUGAGUGUUCUGUCCUGAGAAAAUGAACAACUUUCUUGUGUUCUCCCAGCAUCCCACAUGGGUCGUUACUUUGCUAAAUCAUUAACAGAUGUGGUAAUUUGCUUAAACAUUACACGAAGUAGUCUCAUCAUAUGCUGUUUUUGUGUUUGCAAGGUGAUACAGUGAUUCAAAAUGGUGCUAACAGCAGUGUGGGGCAGGCUCUCAUCCAAAUUGCAGCAGCCUGGAGCUUAAUUACUGUCAACAUAAUUCGUAGUAGGUAAAUGGGAAGUAUCUCUUCACCCAUUACAGCUUAAUAUCAGUAUGCAUAUUCUCUACACUGUUCUCUAUACAUUUCCUAAGGUGCUGACAAGGAGAAUUUAUCUAACAAUCAAGAGCAUCUUUGAUUGGUUGUCAUCUCCUUGAUUUUCAUCCCGGGAAGCGGGAUGGACGAAGCCUGUGUUGGACCUUCAUAAUAGCACAAUGCAUCGUAAUAUCAAUGUUACACCUUUCAAUAUAAACUUUUGGUACCGAGACAAGAAGAAGUCUUACAUCAGUUACGAAAAAAAACCUGAAAAAACUACCUUUUUAGAGGUGGCCAAAAAAUAUAUGGAACCAAAUUCAUCUAAUACAAUAGCUCGAGGCCUAGAGAAAACGGUACAACUAAAUAGAUAAACAAGUUUUAUAAACAUCUACAAAUACAAUUUCAUGGAAUUAAUUCUAACAAAAAUAACAAAAACGAACAGGUAACUGGGACGAAGACUGACCAAUCUAUAAUUACCUAAAUCUCCCGCCAAACACCGACAUAUACAAAGAACAUCUCAUGAAAACCCCUGGCCUUCUCAAUGGUGCAGUAGUCAGAAUAUGAAUUUCACCCAAAUUAAUUCAUUGUCACAAAUUGCAUAUUCACAGGUAACAGUUAAAAAUUUUCGCCAAUAUUCGUAAAGUUUACCUCGUUCACGAAUUCGCUUAUAGAGCCUUUGAUUUAACACCGAUUGUUGCAUUACAGACCCAAUGUGGAGGAGCUGAAAAAUCAUCUGAAAGACCUUGGAGCUAAUUUUGUCAUCACUGAAGAGGACUUGAAAAGCCCUGAAAUGAAAGAAAUCGUUAAGGUUUGUUUCUCUGUAGUAAGAAUAGGGAGUUGAAGCAUCAACGUCUUUUAGUCGGGGAUGGCAGCUGGAAGUUUAAAGUUCUUAUUCCUGGUGCUCAAUACACCUUUUUGGUCAGUGUAGUUUGGUUUUAAAUGCAAAAACAAAUAUCUUACGGUCGCUACAUUAGUUUCAGAGCUCGCCAGAGUUAGUUUUAUUUUUUUUGCGGUUGCCUUCCGCUUCUCAAAAACUUCUCUGCUUCAGCUCUCUAUUAACAAGUGUACUUAACUUUAACACUUCUGAGCUAACAGCUUGAAUCGCCAAAUUUGUUCACAGAGCUCUUUUCAAUAGUAUUGGUCUUCCAAUCUUGCGCCAUUUCCUCAACCAAUCAGAUAUAAAAUUAAAAGCAAAAUCGGACUGAUUUUAGACACUUUUUGUCCGUUUUUAUACACUAGUGUCGAAUGUUAGACACUUUUGUCCAAUUUUAAACACUUUUGUCCGUUUUUAGACUCUAGUGUUUGAUUCUAGACACUAUUGUCCGAUUUUAGACGCUUAGUUUUGUCCAAAUUUAGAUACUAGUCUCUUUUUAGACAUUAAUGUCCGAUUAAGAGACUUUUGUCAGAUUUUAGACGCUUUGGUCCGUUUUUAGACACUAGUGUCUGCUUUUAGACUCUAGUGUCCAAUUUUCGACGCUAUUGUCCAAUUUUAAACAGUAGCGUCCAAUUUUGGAUGCUAGUGUCCGAUUUUCACAGUUUGUUUGUUUGUACUCAAAGUUCCCCUCGGCUUCUAUAAUAAUCCCUAUGUUAUAUGUUCUGAUUGGUAGUUGUGAUUAAUUUGGUUUGGUUUUUGCGGAAUGCGCUCCAGUGAUGUUGGUUUUGUUUAUUUUCCCCCAGAAUAUUAAGCGUCCCAAACUUGCCCUCAACUGCGUUGGAGGGAAGAGUUCCAUGAGCCUAUUUCGUUACUUGGCGUAAGUAAACAUUAACGUGAGUUGUUUUAAUUUUUGCAAAUACUUCCCCAAGGCAGAUAGUGCCCGCGAGAAAACUUUGAGUCGGUCCUAUCCACAUGAACUCCAUGUUGAAGGUGAUUUAAACAACUUGAAGAAAACGACUCCAAAAAUCGUGACUAAGCUCCUGUAACCUUAAAAUCCUAGCAAUGACCAAUAAGUUUUUUUACCUAACAGUAUAUGUAUGUUUUUAUGUAGUGAGGUGGUAGGAAUAAGGAAACAUAUCAAACGGGGAAUAUUGCCUGAUCUAACACCAAACUCUUAGAACCCAACCUUGAGAAAUAUAAGGAAAAAAGUAAGAAGAAUUAAUAUUGUAAUCUUGGGAGUGAAAGGAUCAAAUGGCCAUUUAUGAGUUUCAUAAAGGUUUCUGCUUGUUGGAGACUCGCGUAUUACCUUUAAUAUGCAUGGAUAUUCUAGUUUAGAAAGUUUCCCAGGUAUGGUCCAUUACCCAUGUAGCAGCAUUUACUGAUUUAAGUCUUGUAUUUCAGGCCGAAGGGAACGAUGGUCACUUAUGGCGGAAUGUCAAGACAACCUGUUACUGUACCAACGGUACGUAAGGAAGUUUGUGUCAUUUAAUUUCCUCUUUCUAAAAGCUCUCUAUUAUAAUACCCUGUCAGUCAGAGCUGUCUGGACAAUUGUAGAGAAAUCUUCAACUGAAUGCUGAAAGAACUCCGGCAGGAUUGCAUUGGAGAUGCAUCUCGUAGUUCAAGAAAACCAAUGAGAAGUGGUUCGUCUUUUGUUUUCUCUCAAACAUAUAUCACUCCUCGGAAUAACUUGUCGCCAUCGCCAAGGAACGAUGGAGGACGAGGGAAGAGCAGAAUAAUAACAACAGACGAUUGGCCGCAUUAAACAUAUAUCUAGUACCUCUUGGCCAAGCUCUUUGUCUGUGGAAGAUACCAGAAAUAGGCAUUAGGCUUUUUGCGAUCCCCUCCACCGACGAGAAUAUAAUUCAGGAAAUUUUGCCAUAACCGUUUGCGUGUCAUGUGUUUAGGGCUCCCUGAUAUUUGAUGACGUAAAUGUAAGAGGAUUCUGGAUGUCCAAGUGGAAUGCCGAGCAUCAGAAAGGUAUUGAGCCUACUUUCUUAACAAGGAGAGAGGGACGGGGAAGUGAAAAGACGAUAUUCAUUAAUGAGGGUGGGGAGGGAAAAUCCAGGAGGAGACUGGACCAGGGAAUGGUCGCCCCAACCUUUCUUCUCUCCCUUGCUUCUCAGAAAAAGAACUCAACGAGAAAAGGAAUCUGACAACUUUACUUAAGAUUCCUUUCAAAAACCUCUUCUACUCAGUACAUUUAAAAGUUUAUAAAGGGCAGGUUUAGGAAACUUAGCCAAUGUGUCAUAGCGCAUGCAAAACCUCAAGCUACGUGGACUAAGGAAACACAACGAGAAAUAAAAAUGUGACAUCUUGUAGAAUUGUUUGGACACGAACACCAUGGAAUAAAAUAAAUACAAUAAAAAGAAUGAAACGAAGGGUUUACAAACAACAAAUGGGUGAGAAAAAACGAAAAGGAACUAGGAUGGAGGAGAUUCACGCGGAUUGCAACAUUAUUUUUCAAGAUGGACAAACUACGACAAAAACAUGUUUCUUGCACGUUUGCGAAAUGUCAAACAGGCGGACAAACUUACCUAUAGUUACCAAAUUCCGGCUAAAACUCUAAAACAGAUUGGUUGGAGAGCAGUUAGAUUGAAAGGCGAUCUUUCAUUCAAGAAUGUGUCCAUACUGAUAAUUUUGCUGGUAAAUGAAGUGUUCAACUUACUUAAAUAGCUUUCUCUGCGUCUGAUAGUCUGUGUUUAUUGUUCUUUGCAGAUGCUAUCAAAUUAAACAUGGUUGAAGAAGUAUGUCAAUUGGUACAGAAUGGAAAGUUAGCGUCCCCUCCCUGCACGAAGCAUGCCUUAAAGGAUUUCAAGACGGCUAUCUCUGAGGCUCUCAGGCCCUACUCUGAAACGAAACAGCUUUUAAUAAUGACAGAGUAAUGGUGAAUGACGGUGUUGUUAAAAGACGGAACGCUUCCUCAUAGCGGCUCGUUUUCGGGAAAUUUGAAAAGAAGACUUAACUCUCAAGAACUGAAGGGUUACUCCUUCAACUGACAUCAACACGUAAAUUUGCCGGCAAGUCAUGAGCUUUCUGGGUAUAAAUUCAGGAAAGAUAUGCUAGCUAAUUUGUUGUUACCUGUCUGUGAGGCAGCGUAUUAAAUUUGGUAGGAAAAUUAAAAAAAAAACUAAUCACUCGGAGAUUGAAAAGCUCAAUACACGAGGAAGGUUUUAGCGUGAUAAUCUUUUAACCAAUUACCUCUGGGUAAUGGAUAUGGCAAUUUUUCUGCAAUUUUUUUGGAGAAAAUUAAUCCUGCUAUUACUCCAAAAUCUGCCGUUUUAAAAAUCACUGGUCUCUUGGGAAAGAGGCAUCAUCUGCCCCAGCGAAGGACAAAAUAAUGACAGAAAAAGAUUGAUGACAAUGUUUGUUGGACUAAAAGUCAGUUUUUAUUUUCGAAUUAUGGUAAAAAAGUGUUAGUAACCGCACUUUGGUCUGAUUUGGAACAACUGGUCGUAGCACAACUGAUUUCUUUAAUCUCUGACACCUUAGCAUCAGUAUUCACAUUCUCCUUACUCUUCUCUAUACAUUUCCCAAGGUGCUGACAAGGAGAAUUUGAUUAACGAUCAAGAGUUUCUGUAGUUGGUGAUUAUUUCCUUUAUUCUCGUGAGCUUACUGUGUGAUUCAGGGGUGAUGUUGUUAGGAGAAAUUAGAUGCUAAACUAUUCACCCCUAAGGGUCAAAGGGUUUGGUGGGUCGAUUUAUCAGGAGCAAGUCAGACGGUUUUUCAGUUCCUCCUCUUUUUCCCAAUAAAAAGAAGUGCAAGUGCCUCCUUCGACUGUACUUUUUAGACUUUACCAUAACUGAGUUAAUCCUAUCCAGGUAUGACAAUUAUGUCCACUUCAC